AUGCUCCAGACAGACCGUGCAGCGGAGGCCCCCGCGCCUCCUCCUCCUCCUCCUCCUCCUCCUCCUGUUGCUGCUCGACCGGGAAACGAAGCGAUGACGUCCGGCAACGACAGCGAGGAAGGGUGCGCGGGCUGCCACGCCGUGACGCGUCCGUCGGAAUCCGUCACGCCGUGGAAGCUCAGCGGGCCGUGCUCCGAGACCAGCAGCGAGCUGGCCUGGCGGGCCGGGCUGUCGACGCUGAUCAGGUUGAGUGAGCAGGAUAGCCCCGCUGCCGGCGUCCCGCUGUGGGUGUUGAGGACAUGGCAGGUUAUGGGGUGGCGACGUUCCAUCUUUGGCGAUGCCGGUGUGGGGUUGUGUAGGAAUUUCAAGAUGGGUGUUCGAUGUGGCUUGCUGGCAGUAGUCAUUCUCUCGACGGCUCGGGCUGCCGACCAUUCGUUGAUAUCAACGCGGACUAUUAGUUUCCCCGACAUCCGGCCGUUUCUGCCAAUGGAUGUGAACCUUGAACGACAACUCGACCUUAUCGCGGGAGUUGCUUGA